AGAACGAGCCAGCAGAUUACCGGGAGAGUGCGCGUGCUCUGAAAACACGAAUGGAAUUUCGAGUGGAAUUGAUUGCUGGCAUCAGCUAUUAACGAGAGUUUCAGGAUGCCCCCGAAUAACUCGAAGCCAGCUUGCACGAGCAGUGUGUUCCAAGGCUUUCCGGAAAGACCCUGUCUGAGUAAAAUCCAAGAUGAUAACUUCGGAAGAAUUCCCAAGCACCAGAACGCAGUUCUCCAAGAGGUCGCGAAGGCUCAUCUCGAGAGUUUUGACUGGGCGAUGGAGGAAGGUCUGGACUUGACUCUCGCAGAGAUCGAGCCCCUGGAGUUCAUGGUCGGCAAAUCGAGGGUCAAGAUCCGCGUUAGCAAAGCUGAGGUUCAUCCACCAGCUGUGAGCAAGAUGGCUGUCAACUGUAGAUCACUGCAGAUUUUCCCGAAAGAAUGCAGAAUCCGUCGCGUUACCUAUCGCGGUAGACUCGAACUACGCUUCGACUGGUGGCUGAAUGGAUUGAAGCAGGAACCGAUCACGAGAUCAUGCGGAGAGAUACCGAUAAUGGUCAAGAGCAGAAAAUGCAAUCUUCACGGUAUGAGUCCCGAUCAGCUCAUAGAGCGCGGAGAGGAGCUAGAGGAGUUCGGCGGAUACUUCGUGGUGAACGGCAAUGAAAAGGUCCUGCGUUUACUCAUCAUGCAACGACGCAAUUAUCCGAUCGCUAUGGCUCGGAAUGGAUGGAAGGGCAGAGGGUCGAUGUUCUCUGAGUUCGGCGUGUCUCUCCGUAGUUGUCGGAAAGACCACAGCAGCCAGAAUAUGGUCCUGCACUAUUUGACGAAUGGGACCGUGCAAGUCAUGAUCACGAACAGGAAAGAGCUCUAUUUCGUUCCUAUCGUUCUCUUGCUCAAAGCUCUAGUAGACAAGAGCGACUACGAGAUCUACAAAAGUCUGAUCAAAGGCUUCGAAGACGAUUCUUUCUACAAAGGCUGCAUCACCAAUAUGCUCCGACUCGUUCAGAAGGAGAAUAUCCUGACCCACCAGGACGCCAAGGAGUUCAUCGGAGACAAGUUCCGCAUCAAGGUUUACGUUCCCGAAUGGGCGACAAACUCCGACGUCUGCGACAAACUCCUCGAUCGAUGCGUCUGCGUUCAUCUCGACGACAAUGAGAGCAAAUUCAACUUGAUGUGCUUCAUGGUCCGGAAGCUUUUCGCGGCUGCGAAAAACAAAUGCGCUCUCGAGAGCGCUGACUCGACAAUGAAUCAGGAAAUUCUCCUCCCGGGCCAUCUAUACCUGAACGUGCUGAAGGAGAAGAUCGAAGGCCUCCUUCUCGGAGUCAAGUUGUCGACAGAAAAGAAACUCCAGAGAGGCGAUCCCAACCUGGCCAAUGUAAAUUACUCGUUCAUGUCCAACGCGCUAGGGAAUGCUGGGGAUCUUACGCAUGCAAUGAACUACUUCUUAUCUACGGGAAACUUGAUAUCCAAGAGUGGACUCAGCCUCCAACAAGUAUCGGGCUUCACUAUCAUCGCAGAGAAGCUAAAUUUCUGGCGGUACAUCGGUCACUUCAGAUGUGUGCAUCGAGGAUCUUUCUUCAUGCAGAUGCGCACCACAAGCGUUCGAAAACUUCUCCCGGAAGCCUGGGGAUUCCUAUGUCCUGUUCACACUCCAGACGGCGGGCCAUGCGGAUUGCUCUUGCAUCUGAGCGCCAUGUGCGAGAUUGUUGUCAAGCAGUAUCCAACGAAACCGAUCGUUGAGACUUUGGAGAACCUCGGUAUGAUAGAGGAGAACUCUCCCACCUCGUUGGAUUUCCGAGACAGCUACCAAGUCCAGUUGGAUGGUCGAUGUUUGGGCUGGAUCCACGAGGACGACGUGGAGAAGCUUCACGUGACGCUACGGUACCUGAAGGCGUCCGGGAAAAUCGCGCCCACUCUCGAGAUAUGUGUGAUCCCUCGAACAGAACAGAACUCUCUGUAUCCAGGCAUAUUCCUCUUCUCCACACCGGCUCGUAUGAUGAGACCCGUCCUGAACAACCGGACUCAGGCCGUCGAAUGGAUCGGAACUCUUGAGCAGGUUCACAUGGAUAUCUGCGUUGUUCCGGAAGAAGCGCACGAACUGACUACCCACCAGGAGCUCAGCGAGACAGCUAUGCUCUCGAUUCUCGCCAAUCAGAUCCCAUGGCCUGAUUUCAACCAGUCUCCGCGUAACAUGUAUCAGUGCCAGAUGGGGAAACAGACCAUGGGUUCCCCCAUGCACUCGUAUAGGAAUCGGGCAGACAACAAAUUGUACCGUUUGAUGAAUCCGCAGAGCGCGCUCGUGCGUCCAACGGCCUACGACCACUAUAAAAUGGACGAAUAUCCAUCAGGUACAAACGCUAUUGUGGCCGUCAUAUCCUACACCGGCUACGACAUGGAAGAUGCGAUGGUUCUCAAUAAGAUGAGCGUGGAGCGCGGCUUCAAAGCCGGCUGUGUAUAUAAGACUGAAACAGUCAACCUGAGGAAACUCGCGGGCGACGUAGGGGUGCAGACAUCCUGUGUCUUUGGGAGGAAGGCGGGCGACGAAGCUCUGGCCAAGUUCGUAGACUACGACGGACUUCCCUAUAUUGGAAGUAGGGUCGUACAUGGGGAUCCUGUUUGUUGUUACAUCAAUCUGACCACGGGUCAGCUCAAAGUCGUGAAAUACCACUCAAGUGAGCCGGCUACGAUAGUCGAAGUGAAGAUAUUGGGCAACGACUGCGGGACGGAUACGCUGCAGCAAGUUCAGUUCACCUACCUCAUCGACCGAACGCCAAUGAUCGGCGACAAGUUCGCUUCAAGGGCUGGACAAAAAGGUGUCUGUUCGACUCUGUGGCCGACAGAAAACAUGCCUUUCACGGAAAGCGGGAUGGUUCCCGAUAUAAUCUUCAAUCCUCAUGGUUUUCCGUCUCGUAUGACAAUAGGUAUGAUGGUCGAGUCUAUGGCUGGGAAGUCGGCGGCGCUCCACGGAUACGUUCACGACGCGAGUCCCUUCAAAUUCUCGGAGGACGAUCCGAGCUCCGAGUAUUUCGGAGAGCUCUUGCAGAAAGCAGGAUUCAAUCACCACGGCACUGAACGAAUUUAUUCCGGCGUCGACGGACGAGAAAUGGACGCCGAUAUUUUCUUCGGCGUCGUAUACUACCAGCGAUUGCGGCACAUGGUCGCGGACAAGUACCAAGUGCGGACUACAGGACCGAUCGACUCGUUAACCAGACAGCCUGUGAAAGGUCGUAAGCGGGGAGGUGGAAUCCGUUUUGGGGAGAUGGAGAGAGAUUCCUUGCUUGCGCACGGGACCGCUUUCCUGUUGCAAGACCGACUAUUCAAUUGUUCCGAUAAAACGCUCUGCCAGGUCUGCGCCGCAUGCGGAAGUGUCCUGUCCCCGGUGUACAUGAAGCCAGAGCAAUCGGUCGUACGCAUCUGGACUUGCUCGGAUUGCAAGAGCUCGAAGGAUAUUGUCGUCAUUCCGAUACCCUAUGUAUUCAGGUACUUGGUUGCUGAGCUCGCUUCGGUCAACAUGAAGAUCAAGCUUGACGUCAAAUCUCUCGAAAGAUACAAAGAGAUUGAAUAAACUAUAUUUUUCUCCGUUGA